GUUAUUCAACAGGAUUUGUAAUGUCGUUUCAUUACGACGGAUUGCAUUUACUGGUUGUAAUUUUCCGUCAAAAUUUGCUGGGAAAACUAAUGAAUGUCUGGCAUCAUUUUCAACUGAAAUCACCAAUGAACGUAAAGAGAAUGAUGCCAGUUCACCAUGGGAAUUAGACAAACCUAAACGUAUUUGGUCCCAUCAGUUACCCGUUCCUAUCGAAGCUGUCACACCACCUUUUUCAACAACUGUAGCUGCUACUUCGAAGGCGCCACUGAUAAAAGACUUUUUCAGAGGCCAAGUCAAUCUGGAAUUGUUCGAAUUCCUAGAAUUACAAACUAGACGUGAAGUAGAUGAUUUAGAUGCUAUGCACAAUCAAAUCAAGAGAUUCGUACUCAAAAUGGAUAGUUACGAGAUUGAUCGAAACUGUAGUCUGUCGAAAGAAAUGAUACAUAAUCUGAAUGAGCUUGGUCUACUUGCUUUAUGUAUUGACAAAGAAUAUGAUGGUCUUGGUUUCAAUACAACUCAAUGGAUGAGAGCUUGCGAAGCAAUCGGUUUAGAUGGAUCUGUAUGGACUACAUUAACUGCACACCAGUCAUUAACUGCUAAAGUUUGUAAUUCUGCUGAAUAUUUAAAUAUUAACUGAUCAUUUCAUAAAUUUUAGAAAACUUGUUUUUUUCGAGACUUUUGAAGUAUUUAUAAAGAAACCUAUGUAAUUAAACUAAUGUUUAGUGAAAUGAGCACAGAAAAUUUCUUACUCUAUAUUGCUGUUCAUCAAUGAGAAAUUAUAUGAAUAAUGCUAAGAUAAAGUGUGGAUCCAGGAUAAAAUCAUUUAUUGUUUACGUCGUCUGACUUUGAAUACAUUCAUAAAUGGGAUCAGCUGAAAAUAUGAUUAAACAGUUCUAUACAUUUUUCAGAUUAACGAUAUCUUUACUCGGAACAAAGGAACAAAAGGCGUAUUAUUUGCCGAAAUUAGCAUCUGGUGAAUUUAUUGGUGGUUUUUGUUUAUCUGAAAUUAGCAGUGGUAAUGAUAUUCAAGCGCUGACUAGUUUAGCAGUUGUAAAUGAAGCCGAUGAUCACUAUAUACUUAAUGGUCAUAAAACUUGGGUGACCAAUGGUGCAGUGGCAGAUGUUUUCGUUGUAUUCGCUCGAACUCUCUCUAGUAAUAAGAAUAAUGAGAUAACAGUAUUUAUUGUGGAUCGGUCAUCGGAUGGUAUUGAAUGUGGGCCAUUAUUGGAUACUUUUGGUGCACGUGGAUCAAAUGCGACUGAUGUCUUUUUCAAGAAUGUGAAAGUUCCUAAGAACAAUUUAUUGGGUAAACAUGGUGAUGGGUUUAAAACAGCUCAAAAUGUUUUAAUUCUUCAUCGUUUGAAUACUGUAGCCUCUGGUGUUGGUGUACUACGUUAUCUUCUUUCAUAUACUGCUGAACAUUGUUUACAACGUCAUCAAUUUGGAAAACCAAUUGGUGAUUAUUCUAGAGUAGAAGAAAAAUUAUCUGAAAUUGUUUUAAAUCUUUAUGCAAUGGAAUCAGGAUUAUUUUAUUUUAGCGGUUUACUAGAUGCGCAACCGUCACGUAAUCUUUCCUUAGAAUUAGCUGCUUUAAAAAUUUUUAGUUCGGAAAAAGUAUGGUCAGGCAUUGAUACAUGUAUUCAACUAGCUGGACGUUUCGGUCUACUUAAAAAUGUCCCAUAUGAACGAUUUCUACGAGAUGCUAGAAAUCAUCUUACCAGUAUGGAAUCAAAUGAUAUCUUACGUAUUAUGAUAGCUGGUGAAGGUAUAACUGAAAUUAUUCCUGGCUUUGAAAAAACAAUCUCUGAUUUAAGUGUUUUUACUCGACAUCCAAUAACUAAUAUAAAAACUAAAUGGUUAUUAAAAAGAAGAAAGCAAGGAAAGUAUGCUGCUCAAGCUGGUUCUGGUCCGAAAGUAACUGAGGGUAAUGCUUCACGUGAUUUAAAAGAUCAUUUGCAUCCUAGCUUUGCUGAUAUGGCAACUCGACUUGCCAUAAAUACACAACGAUUUCAAAGUUUAUGCCAAAUUUCCCUUAUUCAAUAUGGCCGAGAGAUUACAAAUGAGCAAAUGUUAUUAUGUCAGUUAGCAGAUGCUGCAAUUGAUCUCUUAUUAACGUCUAUUUGUUUUGGUCGGGCCUCUAGAUCAAUAAGCAUUGGUUUACCUCGUAAUGAUUAUGAGAAAACUUUGGCACAUACGUUUUCUAGACUAGCACUUCGACGUGUUGAACAUAUUAUAGAAUAUAAGUUUGAAAUCGAUCGUUACCAACAUCGUGUCGCUAGCGAAUUACUGACACAGCGUUUCUAUCCUGUAUCUCAUCCACUUGCACGUGUAUGGUAAAUUAUGAUGAUUUUUUAUCUCUUGUUAAUAAAUCUAAAAUUCAACUCCCUAUAAAGGAUUCUUAUUGGUGAAAUAUUAUUGAAGGGGUCUAUAUAUAUUCUACCAUUAUUAACCUGCCAUAUGUUUGCUACAAGUUGGUAUAAACUAAAUUAUUUAUCUGAUUGCGUGUCUUGGUGUUUCGGAACAUUAUUGUAGCAGUCA